AUGUUGGAGUCUAUAAACGUGACUGAACGCCUCCACUGGCCUAAGGUGGAGCUGUCCAAGAAGUCCAUCCUCAACAAGGCCGUCAGUCCGGGCCAAGUUUAUCUGGACAAAUUCCCUGCAGAGGUCCUCAAAGACCUCCUAAAACUUCGCUCCAAGAGCUACAACGUCCUGCUCUGGGCUGAAGACGCGGAGAGGAAGAGUCCCAAACGCUCGCCACAUAGAAAGAGGAAGCCGGUGAAGCAAGCCCUGCCCACAAAAAAGAACAAACAACCAGACAUGGCUUCUAGAAAAAGCCAGGAAGGCGCUAAAGCUGUUCAAAGUAACUACAUUCUGUCCAAAAGCACUUCCAGUCUUCCCAGGCCGGGCAAAAGCAUGACCAUAGUGGGGACUACUUUAGGUCUGAUCCCACGGCCACGGCACAAGAAGGCGUACAUUCCCAGCCUUCCGUCCACCAGGCUGCCCUACCUGAACAGGCCGGUGAGGCUGGAGGAGGCGGAGAACUCCCGAAAGCUUUGCAUCUUAGCCGCCAUCAAACCCGUCAAUGUGGAGCAGGAGAAGGCCAGGUUUUUCAAGUCCGACUUUGCUUACAACCCGCAGUUUGAGUACAGUAACCCGCUGCCCCCGCUCGUGCUGGCCAAGCACGGCACCGCCUCGGAUCGCUUUCUGACUCAGGCGGUCCACAUCAUGGAGGUGGCGCUGCAGAGAUACGGCAGCUACGAGCACUUCGAGCAGGUGACCGGGGGCAGUCUGCUGAGCAAGAGCAAAAUCUGGACCAGCGUCAAGAAAUACAUGGAGAAGGAAGGAUGUGUGGGAGAGAUUGUGGUGCAGGUGACAGACGACCUCCUCUCCAGAGCCUCCAUGACGGUGGUGAACUCCAGGCCCACUCUGACCAUCAACACCAGCACGGCCCGGGAGCACUGGCUGGAGGGCAUGCUCCGCCACGAGAUCGGCACUCAUUACUUCCGUGGCCUGAACAACGUGCACCAGCCAUGGAGCAGCAGCGCGGGCCGGAGGAGGCACAACCUGAGGCCCCUGAACCCCACAGAGGAGGGCCUGGCCAGCAUCCACAGUGUGCUGUUCAGACGGGACCCCACGCUCUGGAGGGCCGCCCUGCUUUACUACACAGUGUACCAGGCCAGCAGCAUGUCCUUCUGCCAGCUCUUCCACUGCCUGGGACGCUUCCUACAGGACCCCCACACACGCUGGGACUACUGCGUGAGGGCCAAGAGGGGCCAGAGGGAUACGGCCCAGCCAGGUUGCUUUGGCAAAGACCAGGUUUAUCUGGACGGCAUCUUGAACAUUCUACGAUACAGAGACAGGAUCAACUUUCCACUGCUGAUGUCGCUGGGAAAGCGAGCGACACGUCUAGCAGCGCACAGCGUGUGGUCACGGGGAAGAGAAAAAGGGCGCUCUUCCAGACGGAGACUGUAG